CGAAGCCCCCUCCCCAGCAGCCGGCCGGCCGGCGGCAGCUCCGAUCUGGGCGCUCGCAGGUGCCACGCGGGGAGGGGGCGCAGCGCCCAGGGCUCCCUGCUGCUGCCAAGGCGCACGGGCACUGCCAAGGGGAGGCUGGCACCGGCGGCGCUCCGGGUCGGCGCCGCUUCACUUGUGGGUGUUUUGCAGAGCCCCCCACCUGCAACAAAGGAGAUCGCCACCUGCCCAGGUACACCCACCGCAAAGAGGGAUUCCCCAGCUACCUGCCAAAGAAGACCCCCCCCCCCCCAACCAGCCAUGGACCGCAGCCGGCCCGGUCGCCUCUCUUGAGCGCCCCCUGCUGGACAGCAGCGGCAGCGCCAUGGCCGCCCAGUGACCCCUGACCUCUGCCCACUGAACCCUGCCAGCAUGGAGAAGACCUACUCCCUGACGGCCCACUACGACGAGUUCCAGGAGGUCAAGUACGUGAGCAAGUACGGGGGCGGCGCCACCUUGCCCAACGGCUUCAACUUGCAGCUGGGCACCUCCGGGCCCAAAAAGCCACGCAGCGGCCUGCCCCGCUGGAGCCAGCGGGAGAUCUGCCUGCUCUCGGGGCUGGUCUUCGCGGCGGGGCUGUGCGUCAUCUUGGGCUGCAUCCUGGUGCUAAAGUACCUGGCGGCUGAGCACGACGCCUACUGCCUGGAGGGAUGCCAGGAGAGGAAGGCCUUCGUCAAGGCGUCCCGGUUCAUCGGCAGCAACAUCGACCCCACCAUCGACCCCUGCAAAGACUUCUACUCCUUUUCGGCCCACCUGCGGAGAGGGUGGCUCGCGCCCGGCCACGCCAUCCCCUUCGAGGACAAACUCAUUCACGGCACUAUCGCGCCGCCAUCAGCUGAGAACAGAGCGAGGGAGAAACUGCAGCAGCUGCUCAUGCGUCCCGUGCGGCGGGGCUACCGGGCCUCGGCUGAGCGCAAAGUCAAGGAGUUCUUCCAGUCCUGUCUGGACAUGGCCGAGAUCGACCGGCAGGGUGCCCGGCCCAUGCUGGAGGUCAUUGAGGAUUGCGGCGGGUGGGACAUGGCCCUGACGGGCAGGCAGGCCCGCUGGGAUUUCAACGAGCUCCUGUACAAGACGCAGGGGGUCUACAGCACUGCCGUCUUCUUCUCGCUCACCGUCAACCUGGACGACAAGAACUCCUCGCGCUACGUCAUCCGGAUUGAUCAAGAUGGACUGACGCUGUCUGAGCGAACCCUCUACCUGGGACAGGAUGAGGAAAGCGGAAAGAUCCUGGCUGCCUACCGGGUGUUCAUGGAGCGUCUCUUGGGCCUGUUGGGGGCAGAACACGUGGAGCAGAAAGCCAGCGAGAUCCUGCAGCUGGAACAGAGGCUCGCCAACAUCACAGUCUCUGAAUACGACGACCUCCGCCGCGACAUCAAUUCCAUGUACAACAAGGUGACAUUGGGGGAGCUGCAAGCCAUUAUGCCGAAUCUGAAAUGGAAGCGGCUCCUCGACCGAAUAUUCCACGACAACUUUUCAGAAGACGAGGAGGUGGUUCUGCUGGCCACCGAUUACAUACAACGGGUAUCGGAGCUCAUCCACACCACACCAAUCAGGAUCCUCCACAACUACAUGCUGUGGCGCAUCGCAGUGGUGUUGAGUGAGCAUCUUUCCACGCCCUUCCGGGAUGCCAUCCAUGAGCUUGCCAAGGAGAUGGAGGGAGCCGAGAAGCAGCAAGAGCUGGGCAAAGCGUGCCUGAGCCAGGCCAACAAACACUUCGGCAUGGCCUUGGGAGCCCUCUUCGUGGAAGAGUAUUUCUCCUCCACCAGCAAGGCCAAGGUGCAACAGCUAGUAGAAGACAUCAAACAUAUCCUGGACAGGCGGUUGGAAGAGCUGGACUGGAUGGACGAUGCCACGCGGCGGGCGGCACGAUCGAAGCUCCAGCACAUGAUGGUGAUGAUCGGCUACCCAGAUUUUCUGCUCAACCCGGAGGCCAUCGACAAGGAAUACGAGUUCGAAGUCCACGAGAAAACCUACUUCAAGAACAUCCUCAAUAGCAUCAAAUUCAGCAUUAAGUUGUCGGUGAAGAAGAUCCGUCAGGAGGUGGACAAGUCAGCGUGGCUGCUACCCCCACAGGCGCUGAACGCUUACUACCUUCCGAACAAGAACCAAAUGGUGUUUCCAGCCGGGAUCCUUCAACCUACUCUCUACGACCCAGAAUUCCCUCAGUCCCUGAAUUAUGGGGGGAUUGGCACCAUCAUCGGGCAUGAGCUGACACAUGGCUAUGACGAUUGGGGAGGCCAAUAUGACCGUCAUGGCAACCUGAUGCACUGGUGGACCGACACCUCCUACAGCAAGUUUCUGAAAAAGGCCGAAUGCAUCGUCAACCUGUACAACAAUUUCACCGUCUACAACCAAGGGGUGAAUGGAAAACACACACUGGGGGAGAACAUCGCUGACAUGGGGGGGCUGAAGCUCGGCUACCAGGCCUACCAGAAAUGGGUGCGGGAACACGGCCCCGAGAGUCCUCUGCAACGGCUCAAGUACACACAUGAACAGCUUUUCUUCAUUGCUUUUGCCCAGAACUGGUGUAUCAAACGGCGCUCACAGUCCAUCUACCUGCAGGUGCUGACUGACAAACAUGCUCCUGAACACUACAGGGUUCUCGGCAGCGUCUCCCAGUUUGAAGAAUUCGGCCGGGUCUUCCACUGCCCCAAGAACUCGCCCAUGAACCCGGCUCACAAAUGCUCCGUCUGGUGAAACGCCAACUCACUCUCCCCCACACCCCAAUGCGUGCACUCGACGUGUGCCGAGGUACCCGCUGGAUCUGUUGCUGCUCUGUUCCUCACCUGGCUGGACAAAGGGGUAAAACCCACCUGCCGCUGAAAUGUGGCCCUCCUCUAGGCACGGAUGGACAAACCGAACGGACUAACGGCCAUGGGGAAGAGGAGGAUGGAAAACGUAGGAAUAGGCGCCGUGCUCUGCCCCCUGCCUUGCCCAGAUCAGCGCUCACCUGGGUUGGGUCAUCUGUUUUGGGAAAAUGCAGAGGGGACAGCUGGAAACCGGCUGUGGCACCAGGCUGGGCCUCUCUCUAUCAGCCCAGCUUUUACCAUGGCAACAGAGCAGAGAGAGUAGGGCCUGUUUCUCCAGCCAGCACUAAACAAAAUGGCGACAUUUGGACUGACGCUUGACAGUGACAAAACAGGCUGCCUGCAAAAUUCACUCAAAAUGGUAUUUCUGACUUCCAAGUCCUGCCUCUCUCUUCUCACACCCCCCUGAAAUCUCCUCAGCCCCAGAAUGAUGUACGCCGUCCCCCCACCCCCCGGCAGCCUUCUUUGAAAACAGGCAGGACCUAGGGUUGCUAAUUUCCAGGUGGAGUUCUCCUGGGAUUAUAACUGCUGCAGGAAAUGGUGGCUUCUGUGGGGAAAACUUUAUGGUAUACCACAGAGUCUAGGAGUGAAAGAAGUCCUAGAGUGUCACUGCGUCCCCACUAAGCUCCGUUCCAUCCUCAGUCUAUUUUCUCCAGGUACCGCCCCCAGGAAUUUCUCAAGCUGGAGUUGGCAACCCUAGCAGAAUUGCUGUCCCUAAGAGGGAGGGGGACAGCCACACAGUCUCUCCCCCCCCCCCCCCAAUAUGUCUAGCCUGGCCGCCAUGCAAUGGCGCAGGCUCCUCCCCCUGAGCUAAAGCAUGACUGAGCUAGGGCUGUAGCACAAGGGAGACCUGGCCGGGGGAGGAUUCGCAACCGGCUCCUCUUCGAGUCCUGCCCCCUACCCUCAUCGCCACCACUCCUGGCCACCAGGUGGCGCUGUCUGGGCACUCGGAGGGGAGCAGCUCUUUGUACAGAUAUUUGGCGCUGUAUUUUUCUGCUGCUGCUGGUUAUGUUGAAUUAAAAAGCCAAAACUGUUUUGUCUGCAUGGCAAA